AUGCUAUCUGAAACAAUUCUUACAAUUCUUCAAUCAAAUAUAAGUUGUUUCCUGAAGCAAAGCAAAAUGGCUGAAAAUAAACCAUCAUCAAAUUUCCAAGACAUUUAUGUCGUUCUUGACUUGAUGGAAAGUGAUUUGCACCAGAUUAUCUAUUCAAAGCAACCAUUAACUGAGGAACAUAUUCGGUAUUUCCUCUACCAAAUUCUUCGAGGACUUAAAUAUAUUCAUUCUGCUAAUGUUAUUCAUCGGGAUCUGAAGCCAAAAAAUCUGCUUGUACGUGAGAACUGCCAUUUAAGGAUUGGAGAUUUUGGUAUGGCACGAGGAAUAUCUUCUUCCCAGUCUGACAAUGAGAAUUGUUUUCUGACACUGUAUGUAGCCACUCGAUGGUAUCGGGCACCUGAGAUUAUGUUUUCUCUAUUGGAUUACAGUAGUGCAAUGGACAUGUGGUCAGUUGGGUGCAUCUUUGCAGAAAUGUUGGGACGCAAACAUUUGUUUCCAGGGAAAUAUUAUAUCGAACAAGCCCAAUUAAUUAUUGAUGUUCUUGGCUCACCAUCUGAAAAAUUUCUUUCUGCUUGUAAAUCUGACAUUAUAAAGACAUUCAUCAAACAAAUGGAGAAGAAAAAUCCAGUUCCCUGGUCAACUCUCUAUCCUAAAGCAAGUCGAAGAGCACUUGAUUUGCUUGGCAAAAUGUUGGUCUUGAAUCCAUCCGAUCGUGUGACUGUUGAACAAGCCUUGAGGCAUCCCUACUUCACUGGUUACCAUGAUCAAGAUGAUGAACCAAUUUGUGUUCCUGCAUUUAAUUUUGAUUUUGAAAAACAAGACACAACAGUUGCUCAGUUCCGAGAAGCUAUUUAUGAUGAAAUAAUUGAGUUCCAUGAACAAAAAAAUCCUGUACUUAACUUCAACCCAGUGCUGCGUCCAGCUCCAAAAACAAAUGAAAAUGUAAAAAAUUCACUUGGUGAUUCAUCUUCUUUGAGACCCUCUUCACUUAGCAGCUCUCUUGAAAUAACUGAACAAGGUGCUGCUUUGCAAGCUUAUGUCAAGCAAUUACGUGAAAGAUUCAAGUCAUCAUCAACUGCUGACAAGAUCAAACAUUCUUUACAAGCAGGAGGGAAAGAGAACCAGCAAUUGUCUAUAACUUGUCAUUAUUUGUCUAAGGAGUCAGUCUCUGAUUCAACAAGCAAUUCCACUUCAGGUAAAAGUUCAAUAUCCUGCAAAAGCCUACUGUCUGUUUCUACAUUAUCUGAUGAUGUGGAAAUGCUCAGUGCUAAAUCAACUGAAUUAAAAAUGGAUUCUACUUCCUCAUUGCCAAAAACUCCAGCAUCUCAAACUCAGGAUUCCCAGGGUUCUGGAUCUGAUAACCAGACAAUUUCUGCUGAUACCAAAGAACUUAUUAAAGCUGCUCUGAGAAAUGCAACACUAAAGAAACGAGGAGAAAAUGAAGUGAAAGAUGAUGGAAGGCCUCGUCCAGUCACUGCAGCUCAGCGUCAGCGCGAACGUGAAGAUAAGCGACGUAAAAGAAGAGAGCGAGCCUUAAAACGAAUGAAAGACAAAAAAGAUGCGGACACAGAAGAACAACUAUCUGAUGCAGAUAAAGAACUUUUGGAACGUUGGAAGAACAUGCAGACUCAGAAAUCCACUUCACAAUUAAUAAAAAAUGUUACUAAUUCAAAUAAUACAACACCCUCAAGUUCACUGACCUUGUGCCCUGAACAAGAGCCUCUUCCUGUUCUGCUGGGCAGCACACAGCAACAAGCCCCUUGCAAUGGCAGCAUUUCUUCAGCCUUGUUUGUCCAAACAGACAUUCCACUUUCAACUGCUUCUGUUGAAGAUGGUUUCCCAAAUGUCAUGAAAUGGAAAAAUCUCUCCUUUGAACGCUCUUCUUCCAAUGAGAAUUCAAUCUCAUCCAAUAAUGUCUUUGAGAUUAUAGACAAGAAUCAGAAACAGAUUUAUACCAUGUCUUCAGAAGCUUCUUCAUUGACAUCAUCAUCUGUCGGGACAGCAGGAAAUUUGAUGUCAAACUCACCAGAAACAAAUUUCCCCAAUGGCUCAUUUCAAAAUCAGUUUUCACCUUUACCAACAAUACAGGUGAGCUGCAUUGAAGAAGACAAGAAAAAUGUAUUACAAGAAAAAUCUUUGGUGACACAACAGGGAGAAGGUUCUUCUGAUCUUAUAUCUGCUCUAAGCAAACAACUGUCAAAAUACCAAGUAGAAGAUUCUGUUCCCCCUGCCCUGGCAUUGACCCCUAAAGGUACAGGAAAUGGUUAUGGGGUUGGCUUAGACCUGGAUGCUUUUAUGGCUGAAAACCUGUCUGACAAAAAUGAUUGCAACAAAUUUCUUUCUCCAUUAUCAUCAUCUCUCCUUGCCAAUUGGAUGGAUGUGACUGCCAAUAUGGACAUUCAAGGGCUAGAAAAGGAACUGGAACUCAGUAUGCUUUCCCCAAUGGCUUUGUCUUACACUGACCUUCGUUUAUAUUCAUCAUGA